AAUGAAAGUUUAAAUCGCAUUAGUUCUUUUACUUGCUUUAGUAAGUGCUCAAACAGGAGGAUGGAAGAAAGUAUUAAUGAGUAUUUAUGCUAGUAAAACACUACAAUCUUCUAAGCAACCAACUCUAAUAUUAUUAAUGAGGCUUAAGUAGCAGUUCAAAACAAAUAUCAACCAGAAGAAUAAGGUUAUGACUUUGAAUAAGUUAUUUCUGUUGAAACUUAAGUUGUAGCUGGAACAAAUUACAAUAUAGUAUUGUAAUAUGGAAAUGAUGAGGGAUCAAUCUAAUAAUAUGAUGUCAUUAUUUACUCAGCGUAUUUAUUAUUAAAUUAUGUAGUCCUUGGAAUGGAUAAGAUCAAAUCACUAAAUGUGAAUAAAUAAAUGGAUCAUCAGCUUCAUUCACAUAAAAUCAAGCCACCAGUAAUGAAAGUUAGGAAUAACCUAAAUUAUAAAUAACAAAGCCAAGUUCAUUAAGAUUGAAAGUCAGAAGAUAGGAUAAAGCUGAUAGUCAUGCUACUGGAACAUGGGAAAAUGUAGAAAUAUUAUAAUAUAUUAUAUUAGAUUAAUCCAGAAGUCUUUGAGCAAAGCAAUGAGAACAUUAUUAAUUAAGCUAAUAUUGUUGUUGCUCAAUAAUACAACCCAUAAUAAUAGGGUUAUGAAUUUGAUGAAGUAUUGGAAGUCUAAACUUAAAUGGUAUCUGGAACUAAUUACAAUAUUAAAUUGUUAUAUACAAAUGGAGAAGGAUCAUUCUAGACAUAUGAUGUAUACCUUUACAUUUGGUAUUUUAUUAAAUUUAUAUUAAGUCCUUGGAAUCCCUCAGCAAAUUAAUACAAGGCUACCUUAACAGGAACCUAUUCAAUUUGAU